GAGCUUCAGCCUGAUUUCCCAUAUACAAACCCAAUCCUCCUAAUUUUCAACCUCGCAUACUCUUUACAUCCACAUCCUCACCAUCAAUUGACAUUCUAAUUACUCACAACUACAACCACAUCUACCUCCACCAAAAAUGUCCGGUCUCGAUCCCCAGGGCCCCUCGCAGCCCUCCCUAAACCAAGCCUACAUCACACCUGGCAACCCAGCGCAAAAAGACCCAAAAGAGCAAGUUCAAACAGAGUUCAACGCCACCGACAACGCUGCCACCGUCGACCAACGCAUUCCCACCAAGCAAGCUACCGAUGCCGAGGGACUACGGAAUGCAAAAUUCGAGGAAGGCAUGGGUGUACACGGCGCACCAGCGGGUGAAGAGAGGAAAGGUCUGACCCACGAAGACGUAGGAAGGCACAAGGAGUUGGAUGGGCAACAAAUGGCUGCGCCGGGCGAGGGACGUGUGGCCGAUGCGGUGGCCAAGGGAGGAAAGGGUAUGGGCGGUGGUGGAGAGCAGCCUGAUCUCGCAAGCGACUUGGACAGGAAGAAGGCUGAACAAGCUGAAGCGAGAGAGGCUAUCAAGCAGUCAAAGGGCGAAGCGACACAAGCUGGUGGUGCAUUGGGCCAGACUGGUGGACCCGCCAACCCCGUUGAUAACUCGACACAAGGUGGUGGCAACUACCCCAACUCCAGCUACUAGGUCUUUUUGAUCUCGAGAAGAGGCGGAGGAAUACAUCUUGGUCUAUACAGGCUUGUUCAGGGAGCAUGGGAGGAGCGAUACACAUGACAUCCUACGGUAUCGAUGUCAUUUGCUAACAAAACGAAUACACUUCUCCAAGUCGAGUCACAUUCUUACUAUACACGAUUGCCCCCAAGUCAUCAACAAAGGAUCUUCGCAGUCCCACAUUAGUACAGGAAAGGAGA